UGUGAAGUUUGUCGGCGUUGCAAGUCACGCAACCAUCGUCCGUUCGGCGAGCUACACCCACUACAAGUUCCCCUUGGGCGACGGGAAGCAAUUGCCAUGGAUAUCACCGGCCCCUUCCCGAAGCACAAGACCGGCGUUGAUGGGAUUCUCAUGGUCGUUGACCGCCUCACCAAGUACGCCAUGUUUUUGCCUUAUCGCUAUCAUGCGAAGGCACCGGAGUUGGCCGAGGUCUUAUAUGCCGGUUGGAUUCGCUCCAAGGGCUACCCCAAGGAGAUCGUUUGCGACCGGGACACUCGCUUUCUCUCCGACUUUUGGGUCGCCGUCGUCAAGCAAUGGGGCUUAUCCUUGAAGUCGAGUUCAGCUCGCCACCCGCAAACCGAUGGCCAAACGGAAAGGGAGCCCCAAACCGCUCAAGUCCUUCUGCGCACUCUCAUUCGUCCCAACCAAAUUGAUUGGGUUGAGCGCUUGCCGGACGUUGAGUUGGCUUACAACUCAUCGAUCCACCCGGCUAUCGGAAUGUCGCCGUUCGAGUUUGAGCACGGCUCGCCCAUCUCAUCGCCGCUGGACGCCAUUUUGCCGCGCACAGCCGAGAGCGACGACCAUCUUGCUUUCCUUCGUCGCAUGCAAGAGCUCCUUGUCAAGGUAUGGGAUCAGAUGUCGAAGACGCAAAUACGGAUGAGCCGUCAAGCCAACUGCAAUCGUCUCCCUUGCCCGUUCCGAGCCGACGACCUGGUUUGGGUCUUCGCCGCAGAGUUCAGCCUUGAGCAAGACAUCUCUCGCAAGCUCCUUCCCAAGUGGAUAGAGCCUUGGCGUAUUUAUUCUGCAAUUGGUGAUGAUCCCGAGGGGCCUUCAUUUCGCAUCGAAGUGCCACCUCACUUGCCCGUCCACCCGGUGUUCCACUGUUCCAAACUUGCUGCUUUUGCUUCCGCGGAGUCCGACGAGUUCCCCGGCCGACGUACGCAAGACCCUCCCUCCAUGGACGGAUUUCAGGAGGCCGGCUACAUCAUCACCCAGCGGCGCCAUGGCAACAAGGAGACGAAGUUUCUACUUCACUUUUCUUACUGCAGCCACAAGGCUGACCGUUGGCUGAUGCGUUCGGAACUGCAGGCCACAGCCCCCGCCGUUCUCUCACGUUAUCUAAGCAAGGAGAAGACGACGCCGAGCACUCCAGCUCCCCGCCAUCCUCGCUUCAUUCCGCCAUCGGAUCGGCAGCUUCGCAAGCGCCCCGGCUCGUCUUCAUAAGGAGGGGGGCGUGUUACAUGCUGAGAGCCUACACACAGGCCCCCUCACGGGACCCGAGGUUGGAAGAAGGGCCCCCAGGUCGC